GUGCGGGUGGAUGAUGGGACGGGGGUGAUCCUGCUGCACAUGUGCGCGCGGAAGGACCUGCGCGAAUGAGAGAAUUGGAGGAGCAGGCAAGUUAGCAGCAGCAGCAGUGAGAGAGUGUUGGUGGAGGUCCCUUCGGAGCAGGUACCUUCGGGAGUGCGUGCUUACAAAACGCAAGGGCUUAGGACGAAAAGGUACCAUUUCGGGAGCAGCUUUCGUUUCGAAAACAUCUGGGAAAAAACUAGUGGUAGGAGCAAGUUGCGUGUCCGGGUGCAAGUGUUUGGAAGUUGUGGGCUAAGAGAAGAUAGAAGAGUGUGAUCAGAGGACUUUUCGUACACAACAGUGUUAAGUGAAUUAUCAGAUGGCUGCGGUAAUGAGAAGCAUGGCCUUGGGUCAGAACAUACAUAAUAUUCUGCCGAACAACUGCAUUCUGGUGCAGCAGCACAAACCGAUCAAUCACCAUGGGAAGCGACCGAUCGCACCAGCCCCUAUGAUGGUGACGAGUCUGCCGCAAGGAGUUGGAUUAAAGUGCAAAUCAGGAGUUCCUACGGCGAAGAAAUAUGCGUACUGCGGGUUGCCGUAUGCACCGACUCCUCAGCAAGCAGCUUCCGUACAGCGGAGGAAUGCUCGUGAGCGCAACCGUGUGAAACAAGUGAACAAUGGAUUCGCAAACCUGCGCCAGCACAUUCCACCAGCAGUAGUGACAGCCUUGUCCAACGGAGGUCGUGGAGCUAGCAAGAAACUCAGCAAAGUAGACACGCUACGCAUGGCCGUGGAGUACAUUCGUAGUCUACAGAAGAUGUUGGAUGAGAACAGCGAAAACCAUCAGAAGUCCAGCCUGAGCCAGAUGUCUUCAUCGAGUUCCUAUUACGGAACCAUGUCCGAGUCUUCGACUGCCUCUUCGCCAGCUCCGUCGCAAAUCUCGGAGAACUCUUACUCGCAAACGGGAGGAACUGUUUUCAAACACGAACCUUACGAUAUCUACGUGGAUCCAUCUACCUCGCCUGCUCCUUCGUACACCUCGGAGCAUCCUCAGCAACAUCAGCAGCAACACCUCCAGACUUUGAUUCCGGGAAUGACCAGCCUCAGCCCCAGUGGCAACAACAACUACAUCCACACCAUGGCAACCCAUCAACAAGUCUACAAGUCGGAAAUCUACCAGGAUGAGUACGAGGAGGAACUGAGUCCUCAAAAUCCAGAGGACGAGGAACUUCUCGACGCAAUCACCUGGUGGCAGCAACAGCAGUGAUCCCUCCAUCAAUCAAUUACUAUGAGAUAAACCAAAAAAACAAUGCGCCUUCGUACCCGAACGGACGUACUGCCGAGAGCUCCGCGGCUGAGCUGAAUCAACGCGCCCACGAGUGACUCCACACCGCGAUCACCACUAUCGCGGUCCCGUUGGACCAACCUGAAAAGUUGUCAUCUACGCUGGAGUCCUCAGAGCCGGCUGCAUCGGUGCGCUGCUCCGUACCGUUAGGCCGCCGCCCGAGAGCCCCUCGCGCACCCCGAGAACAAACAGACUGUACUAUAUCUACCUAACAACUACAACAGGAAGCUUGAGUCCUCAAGUCUCCUCAGUAACUACACUACUGCCAGUGGAAAACUAAAAAACAGCCGAAAUCUAGUCAAAACGGUUUCUCCUCCUACUGUUUAAGCGAGUUUAGUAUGUAUAAUUACCGGUCGGCGAACGACGAGCUUCGGUGAUGCAACGAUGAUUGAUGAUCCGUUCGUUCGUUUGUUCGUCCGACCGAAUGUUCAAGUUGUUGAAAUUCUUGCGCAAAUCGUGCUGCAUUUAUCCCUAAGUUUAAGGCGACAACGCUAAACCAGUGACUGCUAGUUUUUAUUACCCCAUAAAGAGUAAGGACGAUGAUCUUUUAGAUGUUAAGUUUGCAACCAAUCCGUAGCAAUUUAAGUAUAAGGUUAUGUUUAUAGAAUUCUGAAAAAGAUGUGAAAAUACAUAAAUCUGAAAAGAAUCCAACCUUGA